CUUUAUCAGCUACUAUCGAGUACUGUGUGUCAUUUGAUACCUUUGCCGUAGGCGGUGUGACAGAAUUCAAUUUGGCAGCGGAACAUUCGCUGGAUUGUCAAUGUAUAGUUCCUGUGCACGAUCGCUCGACACUGUCUCGAAAUGGCUCCUUUGGAAGCAGCCUCGCACAAAACGGUACACCACUGUCUGCGUUGGUUCACUAAUUGCAGGGCAUCUUGGGACCCUUCAACUUGCCCAUAGAACGGGAACGGGAGCGACUGCGAGAAGUCGAAUUGUCGCCCUUCAUCUUGCCGAUCUUGCCGGAGCGAGAAGUAGAGUUCAUCUUCGAGCUCUUGCCCGAUCGUGACGUUCCUGUGGUGUAGUUGCCGGGGGGCAUAGUCGUCAUGUCUUCGUCCAGCUCCACCAUCAAAUCCAUGGUGCCGUUGCACUGCAUCUUCAUCAUCAUUCCGCUUGACGACUUGGCGGUUUCGUUCGUUUUCAAGCCGUCGUCCUUAAUUCCUUUGGCGCCCUUUCGCAUCAAAGAUCGCUCGACAGCACUGCGACUGGACACACCGCCGCGUACUCCACGACCAGCUUGUGCAAACGCAAAGCCGCUCAAGAGAAGGAAAACACAGAUGAAAGUCUUCGAGAAAAACAUGAUAGCAGCUUGUCGAGAAGAAGAGUAGUAGAAGAGAGUACAGGAACCUGCGAAUGGAACGAAUGAAAGAUGGAAGAGGAAGAGACGAGAGCUGGGAUUUCUACGAGAGAGCAGAGAAGAAGGAACUCGCGUGAGACUUUCGACCGUUGACGACAACGACACCGGUCUCGACACUUUGCUCGAAGAAUCGAAUCGUUGAUCUCCAACACGAGCUCUUCAAGCGUGAACGUUCGUCUCUUCUUGUCGCAGUCAUCUCUGUCUCGUCCCACCGUGCUAGUGGUUUCCAGAGAGCACCAAGAGACGAAAGAAGGAGGAAGAGUGCUUUGGUUUGGUGUGGUGAGGACACGGCACGACGAUUCAAAACGUUCGACCGAAGGUUUCUAGCGUCCUUUUGCCACACACGGUUCCUUCCUUUAGCUCGUCGUCGUUUCCAUCUGCGCCUCCAAUCGAGUCCAUCAAAGCUGUGCGUCGUCGAUCGGUUCCUUCGUCGCCAUCGAAAGCAUCAUCGUCUUACCUUUUGCUUUGCGAGGAAGCUGAAAAAUGAGGGAGCAAAACAAACUGACGAAAAAGUGCCCCGAGAGAGAGAGAGAGAGGAAAGGAAGGAAGAACAUUCCUGGCAAGGUUUAGCCCUAAAUGAGACGUCGCUUUAAGGAUCAUUAGGGCUAACUAGACUGGGUGACAAGCCAGCAGACCUGCGAGUACACUGGCAUGUGCAGGCUUCUGCAAAGCACGAUUUGGAGCCAGCUGAAAAAGAAGGGUGUUCGGUUCGCUAACGGUUCGAAGCAUCUGUUUUCUUCUUUAGUCGCAAUGAUGCCAAGGUUUCCGACCAUCGGAAUCAAAGACUUAACAUCGUGACAGAAAUGGUGUCAAGAUGUUACGCCAAAAUACCGGUAUUGGUGUCAUGACUCGUAGGAAAUUCGGAAGGUUGGAUCUUUCUUGGACACAAUAAUUUCCAAAGAAGACAAAGAACGAGCGAACCCAUCAAGUUCGGAAGUGCGAGUUUUUCUUCGAAGGCCAUCAAUCAAGCAAUCAAAGACGGGCGAAAUCAGCUGCGAGAUCCAUAACCAGCAGCAGGUAGAACCCUUCUGUUGUUCCUUGGCAACAAAACUGAUGGAUGGAAUGAGAAAGAUAGUCUGGCAGCUAUAAUAAAACCAAUGCGAACAGCAGAAUCUCAAGUUGUUCUAGGAUACCGCUACCCAUCACACCAUCAACCAUAAAAGACCAUGGAGGUGCUCUCCGGUAACAAUAACAACAGAGGAAACAACAGCAACUCAUUUGCAUUAAGCCAUCAAUAUCAUCGGUAUUCGAGUGUCUCAUUGGCAUCCGCCGUCUCCGAAGAUAACUAUUCUCUGGCCGAGUCGUUCCACACUUGCUACGACGAUCCAGCCAUUGACGAAGAAUUCAAGGAAGCAGAAUCGACCAUGACUUCUCGAGUGGCAUCGUUUGCCUGCUUGGAAGAUAUCAUUAUGGAAGAAGACGUGCCAUUAUCUCUGCAUCCAAAGAGCAAAUUCAUGAGCAGCAGCAGCAGCCAAUGGGGCAACAAACAAGCCAACGGGAUGCUCUCUCACUCUCACCUGCCGGGACAGAGUAUUGUACCCUUGCGAGCCUAUGCCCAACUUCAGCAACAGCCACUGUCGCCUCGUUUAACGGCGGCUCGUUUGGCGCUGUCCUCGGAUAUUGGAGUGUUGAGGCGAUGUGAUUCGUCUUCUUCUUCUCCCCAAAGGAGCAACAACAACAGUCCCAAGGAAUUGGCCAAGGUGCUACUGGAUCGCGAGGCCAUGUCGUCGUCGUCGGCUGCCUUUCCCAUGUCGCGAUCCUUUGCCACUCCUCGCAUGGCAGUGGGAACGGCCUUUCGAUACAUCAGCAGCAGUGGCAAUAAAGAGGAAGAGGAAGAAAAACAAGCCGAAUGUCUUCCUCCACCUCCUCCCUUUGUGACUGCUACCAACUUCAGCUACAACACUACCAAGGUUAACAAGAAGAAAAACAAGAAGCGAAGGCCCCGAGUACUUCAGUUGGAAGAUUUGGCGGAUGAUUUGCAAGUUCAGUUUCUUUCCUUUUUGCCUCUGGCCGAUGUGCGAGCCGUCAUGGCCACCAAUCGUCGUUAUCGAAAACUCUUGUUCACUCAGGAUGCUCAGAAUUUGUGGCAGUCUUGGUGUCACAGAUACCAAUGGCCUCAGCUAAUGCCCACCACCGCCACCGCACAGCAGCCCAUCAUGGAGCAGAAGAAGACUAACAAUGGCGUCAUUCUGAUCGAUGAUCUCAGUUUGCCCACGGCCGCACGUCCGGCUUCGUCGGCCAUGCUGCCAGAACCGUCGCCAUGGCAUCAACAAGCUAACUUGUCCCUCUUGUUGAGUAUGGCCCAACAGCAGCCAGCAGAUAUCGACCAAGCUCAGUUGCACAAGUACCAGACAUGGCGUUAUGCCAAUGUCAGCAGCUCCAGUCGACGUCGUCGAUCCCGCCUGCGCGUUCACACCACCGACGGAAAUCAGCAACCACUGCUCCACUACGAAUUCCGUCCCGAACACCAACAAUGGAUGGUCCAGUUCACGGGCCGUGUCGGAAUGGGCGAUCGAUGCGUGCGAUCCAAUCAACCAUUGCCUCGUCCGACAUUGAUUCAAAAGAAGGCAUGGAUGGUACCACCUUCGUCCCCACAAACCUACAAGCUACUCGUCAGUCCCAAUCGCGAAAGUGAUUACAGUCAUCGUCACGGUGGCAGUGGCAGUCAUGGUGGAUUGUUGGAUUUGUUUUGUCGAUCGAAACGGGCCAUUGCGCCACCCAAACCGGCAUGGAGACCCUUUGUGGCACCCUUUGUCACACAGGACAAGGCCACGGUCCAUUUGACACCGCGCUUUGUGUCGUACUAUGAAGUGUCCAUCAUGGCACCACCCGCCGAUGAUAAUGAUACCCAGGAAAAUAUGAAUAACCGACGUCCCAGCAAUGUCAAGGACUGUGUGGCGGUGGGUGUUGCGACCGAGACAUUCGACUGGCAUACCCGCAUGCCAGGAUGGGAUGCCGCAUCGUUUGGAUAUCAUGGUGACGAUGGCGGUAUCUUUCAUUCGUCGGGAGGAAUGCUCAAGGAAUUCGGUCCCUCGUUUGGACGUGGCGAUGUGGUUGGAUGUGGUAUCGAUCAUGUCAUGAGGGGUAUCUUUUACACCCUCAAUGGAAAAUUCCUCGGUUAUGCCUGGACGGACUUGCCAUUGGAGAUUCUCGAACGAGACAUGUACCCCGUCGUGGGAAUUGAUACCAAUGAUCUGAUUCAUUGCAACUUUGGAACCGAAUCAUUCAAGUAUGAUUUGGCGUCCAUGGUGGUUCGUCACGAAGAGUUUGUUCACCAAUCGCUCUCCUUUGCGGCCAGGUCGUGAGCGACCAGUCGAGGGUCGGUGAAUGCGGAAUGUUGUGCCUGUGACACGACAUUUGAAACCAAAAAUCCAUUCAUUGCAUCUUGACAGUUUUUCAUUCAUUUUUAGCGCCAUCACGUAACUCAUACGAUUUAACUCAUAUCAUAAGAAACGAAAUGAUCUUG